AACCGCAUCGCACUGAUUACUGGGAGUUGUAGUCUUGACGUGAGCUAGCUGACAUGGCGUCCUGCUUUGCAGCGGGGCAAGGGGCUGCAAUGGGCCUAGGCCGGAGUUUCCAAGCCGCCAGGACGCUGCUCCCCGCUCAGACCUCUAUCGCCUGCAGGUUUCACGCAGGGCAUGUCCGGCAACAGAGCACUGGGCCUUCCGAGCCCGGCGCCUUCCAGCCGCCGCCGAAACCAGUCUUUGAGGAUAAGCACCGCCUCGCGCAACAGGAACGCAGGUUCUUGAGUCCUGAAUUCAUUCCUCGAAGGGGAAGAACACAUCCUCUGAAAUUUCAAAUAGAAAGAAAAGAUAUGUUAGAAAGGAGAAAAGUACUCCACAUUCCAGAGUUCUAUGUUGGAAGUAUUCUUCGUGUUACUACAUCCGACCCAUAUGCCAAUGGAAAAAUCAGCCAGUUUCUGGGGAUUUGCAUCCAGCGAUCAGGAAAAGGACUUGGAGCUACUUUUAUCCUUAGGAAUAUUAUUGAAGGACAAGGUGUCGAGAUUUGCUUUGAACUUUAUAAUCCUCGAAUCCAGGAGAUUCAAGUGGUUAAAUUAGAGAAACGGCUGGAUGAUAGCUUGCUAUAUUUACGAGAUGCCCUUCCUGAAUAUAGCACUUUUGAUGUGAAUAUGAAGCCAGUACCACAAGAGCCUACCCAAGAAAUUCCUGUUAAUAUGCUGAAAGUGAAAAUGAAACCUAAGCCCUGGUCUAAACGCUGGGAACGCCCAAAUUUUAAUAUUAAAGGAAUCAGAUUUGAUCUUUGUUUAACUGAAAAGCAAAUGAAAGAAGCUCAGAAGUGGAGUCAGCCGUGGCUUGAAUUUGAUAUGAUGAGGGAAUAUGAUACUACAAAAAUUGAAGCUGCGAUAUGGGAAGAAAUUGAAGCAUCACAAAGAUCUUGAUUCAGAGAAUGAAUUUGGUUAGUUGCAGAAGAUAUAUUGGCUCUAAGAGGCUAUAUUUUGAGACCAAUUUAAUUUCAUUUAUAGGAACAUAGUAAUUAUGUGAACUAAGCCUUUAUUGUUUUAUUAAUACUUUUUUCUAAAAUAAAACUUGUACACCAGUUUAUUACUCUAAAAAGAGAAUUACACAUGCCAAGUGGUCCCAUGUCCAUUUGCUUAUUGGAGGCAAAGCUAAUGUUCUUUAAUGAGCAUGUAAAAUGAGCAAGGGGAAUAGAUGAUGUGAUUUUUUGUAAAUUUUGAAAAGUUUAUAAACACAACAAUGUAUGAAUUACAGAAUAAUAAACAUUCAUGUACCCACUGUCAGGUUAAGAAAUAGAACAUUUAGUAAUAUCUAAGACGGUUAAGAAAUAAAACAUUUAAAAAGA